CAUGAUAGGAUAGGGGGGGGGGGGGAAGUCUACACUCUCAGUAUAAAAUGUUGAACCUAUUUGCCCUUUUCCCAUUUGGCUUGGUAACGGAUCAACCCGCAAGGUCCUAACAUGGUGAAAAGGGUGGCAAUAAUCGGGGCAGGGCCCUCUGGUCUGACCAGCAUGAAAGCCUGUCUAGAAGUGGGAAUGGUGCCCACCUGCUUUGAGAGCAGCGACGACAUGGGGGGCCUGUGGAAGUUCAAGGAAGUUUCUGAGCCAAACAGGGCCAGCAUCUAUCGCUCACUCACCAUCAACAUCUCCAAGGAAAUGAUGUGCUACAGCGACUUCCCAAUCCCUGCCGAUUACCCAAACUACAUGCACCAUUCCAAGAUCCUCAAGUACUUCCGCAUGUAUGCUGAGCAUUUCAAACUGCUGGAGUACAUCCGCUAUCAGACCCUAGUGAAGAGUGUCAAACAGAGACCAGACUACUCCCGUAGUGGGCAAUGGGAGGUCUUGACCCAAAGCAAAGAUGGACAGGAGGAAAGACAUGUAUUUGAUGCGGUCAUCUGCUGUUCUGGCCACUACACUUACCCCCACCUGCCUCUCAAGGAAUUCCCAGGAAUUGAAACAUUUGAAGGGAAGUACUUCCACAGCUGGGACUACAAGGGACCUGAAGACAUGCAGGGGAAGAGAGUGGUUGUGGUUGGCAUUGGCAAUUCUGGAGGGGACAUUGCUGUGGAGGGGAGCAGAGUUGCAGAGCAGGUUUAUCUAAGCACUCGCCGCGGUGCCUGGAUUGUCCGCCAGGUCUCUGACAAUGGCCUGCCUUUGGACAUGAAGUACAACACACGCUUUGUCCAUAUCCUGUUCCAGCUGAUGCCUGUCUCCUUCCUAAACUGGUUUGGUGAGGGGAAAGUGAAUGCUAUGUACGACCAUACCAUGUACGCCAUCAAGCCCAACCACAGACUUUUUAGUCAGAUCCCAGUCUUCAAUGAUGAACUGCCCCUCAAGAUUCUGUCUGGAUCUGUGGUCAUUAAGUCAAACAUCAAGGAGAUCCGUGGGUCUACGGUGGAGUUUGAGGAUGACAGCGUGCUGGAGAAGGUGGAUGUUAUCGUGUUCGCAACGGGGUACAACUAUGAUUUCCCCUUCCUCCCCCAAAAUGCGAUGUACAAGACUGGGCACCGCGUAGGCCUUUACAAGCACGUUUUCCCACCCACCCUGGAGCACUCCACACUGGCUGUGGUGGGUUUCAUCCAUGCCCUGGGAGCCAUUAUGCCCCAGGCUGAGAUGCAAGCGCGCUGGGUAGCUAGUGUCUUCAAAGGCACGAAGAAGCUUCCUCCCACGCAGACCAUGAUAAAGUCUGUCGAGAAGGACACCAAAGUUAUACAAAAAAACUUCAUCGUUUCCAAGCGGACACCCUUGCAGGUUGACUUUGUCGACUACAUGGAUGACCUUGCGGGGGAAAUUGGAAUACGCCCCAGCCUUCUCUGGCUCUUCUUUACAGACUAUGCCCUGUUCAAGAGGCUGCUGUGGGGCCCUAUGACGGCAUACCAGUACCGUGUGACGGGAAAAGGGAAGUGGGAUGGGGCCCGCAAGGCCAUCUUCACUCAAUUUGACCGCAUGUAUGAACCACUGAAGACCCGCAAGGUGGACAGUCAGGACCAGGGAACUUCUCUUGCAGGUCUGCUGUUCAAGUUGAGCCUGACCGGCAUGGUCGGAGGAGCCGCGGCAUACUACGUCCAUGCCCGCAACCCCAACACCAUCCUAAACCUCAUCGCCAGGCUGCGCCCACAGAUGGCCUGAAUGGGGUCUAAAGGCUGUGCUGGAAUAAACAUUAUAACAAUAGGAAACCAUGUGUAGAUGCUACAGCACAUUUGGGGUUUUGUUUCUGACGUCUUCAGUGAAGUCAUCUCAAGUUCAGCAUCGUAGUAACAAGGCUAGGUCUUUGAGUAUGUUCUCUUUGCCAGAGGUCUCUAAUCUAUGAGUUGAUCUUGUUGGCUUUGAUAACACAG